UUUAAUGUAAAGGAAUGUAAUCGUUGGGGGCAGAGCCCACUGCAGCGGGACCUCCCUCACAGCUCGGGAUAUAUCCUCUUCCCCCGAGCAAGGCAGGCAGCUCCUCGCAAGGACUGAGCCCUGCAGCUGCCGGGCGGCACAGGAACAGCCAUGUCCACGGGGAAGAUCUGCUGCCUGCUGCUGCUGACGCUGGGAGUGCUGGCAGUGGCCGUGACGCUUGUGGUCAUCCUGACCCAGCCCAGGUGCGCUCCCCAGCAGUUCCUGCACGGGGCCGUGGCUGCCGACACCGAGAGCUGCUCCCUCAUCGGCCGGAACAUCCUGAAAAGUGGAGGCACAGCUGUGGAUGCUGCCAUUGCUGGCUUGAUCUGCACUUCAGUGAUGAACCCUCAGAGUUCGGGCCUGGGUGGUGGGGUCAUAUUUACCAUCUAUAAUGCCAGCACAGGAGCAGUUGAGGUGAUCAACGCCCGCGAGACAGUCCCACGAGUGUUUCCUCACAACUUAUUGUCUGGCUGUGGUGCUGGAUUCCCCAUUGGUCCCCACUGGAUUGGCGUGCCUGGAGAGCUCCGUGGCUAUGAGGAAGCCCAUAAGCGCCACGGCCGCUUACCAUGGAAAGCCCUGUUUGAACCAACCAUCAAGCUUCUUUCAGAGCCACUGGUCAUUUCUCCAGUUCUGGAAAAAAUUCUCCAUCACCCAGCCUUCUCUGUACCGGGGAAAAGCCUGUGCCCACUGCUGUGUGACGGUCAAAGAUUUCUGAAGCUUGGUGAGACCUUCCGGUGGCAAGCGCUGCAGCGAACGCUGCAAGCUGUAGCAGAACACGGAGCUGCAGCCUUUUAUGAGGGAGAGAUAGGAAGGGCCCUGCUGGAGGACACCACGAAGGCUGGGUCCAGUCUCUCACUGGAGGACCUUCGGGCAUACAAAGCAGAGGUGUCCUCAGCUCUGAACAUCACCCUGAACAACACCACCAAAGUAUUUGCUCCAGGACCACCCUUGGGAGGUGCAGUGCUCAUGUUCAUCCUCAAGGUAUUGGAAGAGUAUAAAUUCCACAAAGCAUCACUGGCAACACCUGAGGAGAAGGUAAAGACCUAUCACCACAUUGCAGAGGCCCUGAAGUUUGGCAACAUGCUAAGACCCCACAUGAGUGACCCAGCCUUCUCUGAAGCUCAGGUGCCUGUGGGGACCCUGUUGUCUGAGCAGUUUGCUGAGUCUGCCAGGCAGAAGAUAGAUAUUCGUGGUGACCACCCCCUGAGCCACUACAGCCUGCUGGAGUCCCUCUACCAGGAGAGCCACAGGAGCAUGGGCACGAGCCACAUCUCUGUGCUCGCUGCAGACGGCAGCGCCGUGUCGGCCACCAGCACCAUCAACUACCCAUUUGGCUCCUUUGUGUAUUCUGACCAAACUGGGAUCAUUUUAAAUAAUGAACUUGCUGACUUCUGCAUAGCAAACAGAAGCAUUAAACCAGGAGAGAAGCCUCCCUCAGCAAUGGUGCCUUCCAUCCUCAUCUCUAAGUCAGGAGACGUGCUGGUGAUUGGAGGAGCUGGAGGGAGCUGGAUUAUCAGUGCUACCACCAUGGCGAUUAUAAACAAGCUGUGGUUUGGUUACGACUUGGAACACGCCAUUUCAGCUCCUGUCAUGCACACCCAGGGUGACAGUGUCCUAUUUGAGGAGUCUUUCAGCAAGGAGGUUAGGACUGGCCUACUGGGAAGAGGACAUAAAGAGAAGAAAGAUAAAUUUGCAAUGAAUGUUGUACAGGGAAUUUCCAAGGAAGGAAAAUGCAUUUCUGCUUACUCUGAUAAAAGGAAGCUGGGGAAGUCGGCUGGAUAUUAGUGUGAAAUGCCAUCACGAUCCACAAAGCCACAGGAGACUCAGAACAUGCUUUGCUUGGAUAUGCCCAUAAUUUCCUGUUCCCAUCAGGAUGUCUCCUGGAGCAUGGGCACAGCCUGUGAUUACAUCUAAUUCCAGCAGACUGCAGGUCACCCUCAGGCAGUACAAGGAGAGGUCAGCCUACCUUGUUUAGAGCUACACCUUCCAUUACUUAUGUGAUACACAGAGAACAUAUUUCUUGAGCACAUCAGUUACUCAGAAUGAGAGAAUACAAAGUGUGAAAGGAAAAUUGGUCCAAACCCGACUGAGAACACUGUGAAAUGGCCCAGCUGCAUCUUCCAUUCCUGAUGGAAUCUCAGUUUCUUUCAGGCUGUUCCACAAUAAGUUUAUUGCUGGGGCUUAGCAAUGUGAAAUACAUAACUAUUUUAGCCAUGAACAAGAAGCAUCUGUACGGUCAGGAUUUUAAAAUCUGAAGCAUUCAGGCUUAGAGCAUGGAUUUGGGAAGGGAAGAGAUCAAAAUUCCACACUCUCCCUCUGUUUUCCCAUCCAAAGAAGCUCAGCUUUUCCCCAAAGUGGCAGAUGAAAUCACACCAUGGCACAAGUGCUGCCCUGCCUGCUGCUCCCUGCCUCAGGGGAGCAAAGCUCACCCAACCACAAGCUCAGGGUAACUGCACCAACACUUCCUCCAGCCCUGCACACGGUGACUCUGAGAAUAGCCUCCCAUGGGGGCAUGUGAUUUCCCUGCUCCUGGGACGAACAGGCUUCAGCUGAACUCCCUGGAGGUGCCUCUCCCUGUGGUGAGAUGGGUCCCAGUCUGUGCCAGUUCUCCCUCCUCAACACUGGUACAUCAGUCUUUGGGAAGGCAGGUCAGGAAGGCAGUGGAAAUGUUGCUUUUGGAAACUUUAGAACUUUCUUCAAAUUGUGAAGUAUACGUGAUCAGGAGAUGCCAUUUGUAGCCCUGAGCUCAGCCUGGCCAGGCAACCACCAGGACUGCUGAGAAGUGAUCAGGCAUUAGCAGAGUUCUCCCAUAUCUUACAUGCUCCAAAUCCCUAUUUACCACAGCCUGUUGUCCCUAGUGUUCCCUUCAAACCACACGGAGGGCAUUGUAGGACUCUAAGAACUAUCAGAGAAAGAGAAAACUUUUGGAGAAGAGACCUGAACGCAACAGGUCCUGGAUUUUGCACUUGGAUGCAAAAGGUCUUUUGCAGUUAAUCCAUAGCCUUGCCCUGCUCAAAAUGACCAAGAUAAUCAAACAUUUAUGAAAAUAAAACCUAAAACCCAGAAAACCCCCAAAGUUCUUCAAAUAUGCAGGGUCAAAUUCCCAGAAUCCUGCAAAAUUCCAUUUUCUGAAAGCUUCUGAGCCUGAUUGCCCUAUGGGCAAGUGCUGUGUGUGUGUCUGAAAGAGAAAGAAACCAGAGCCAGGCACUAGAAGAGCCCUCCCCCUCACACAGAGCCCAUGGGACUCCUAGUUCUCCAACAAAUAGAAUCCCUCUGUAAAUUGGGAUAAAUCAUAACAAGCACACACUGUUAAAAACACAAAUUAAAACAGGGCCAGCUAGAUUUUACGCCAAUGUUUUUACCCACAAAGCCUGUCCAAUAAAGCCAUCCAUUUACUGAAAUCUCAGCCUUCACUUGCAUUUUAGUGGAAGCUGACCAGAGUCAGACAUGUAUUUUCCUUCAGAAGUUUUACCCCAAGGACUGCAGCACAGCCCCUGCUGGAUCAGUGAAUGAUUGAUGAGUUACCAGAUCAUAACCACAAGCACUCAAUCACCCAGCUGGAAAUCGCGUUACUCAUGGAUGCAGCCAGCUCCAUGCACUGCCCUGCUCCCUCCUUGUCCAAAUGGAAUUCAUCUUAAAUCCUCCAAUUCAGGAAGAACUGCUGGUUUCUCCAUCAGAGCUGCUCACCCACACUGUGGAAGUGGCCUGGCACCCUGUGAGGUGGCAUCACAGUGCUGCUGAAUGGGAGAGGAAACAGCCCCAAAAGCUGUCAAAGGGCAGGUUUUAUGUUCCCUUGGAAGGGGUUACAUUGACUAUGACCACCAAAGAAACCAAAUCUACCUAAUUUGCUGACAUUUUCUGCCUUGAUUCACUCCCCUGUCCCAGCCAGCAGUUCUGGGUGCAUCGGUGGUGGUGUCAGGAAUAGCAGCUGCCGGAGCUGUGCAGGGGAAGCACUGACAGGCGCCAGACUCCGUCUGCAGCUCCCGCCGCAGCACCAGACGCACAGCCCAGACCGGAUGCUGCCUCUGGCAAGAACCGGGGUUAUUUCCAGCUAACCCCACUGAGCCGAGAGUUUACAGGCAGCAACUGAGAGUGGCACUGGCUGGAGACAGGGAAAGCACUCCCAGCUUCCCUAUUAGGACCACCUUCAGCAGUGCUCUGGGCCCUCUCCAUCAUGUUUCACUGCAGAAAACCCAAGUCACCAAGUAACCAAGUCUUCCAUUACCUUUGCUUCUGACACACACCUUAGGGUGAAGCACCCUGCAGCACUCCAGCCUAUCACCUUUCCAGUGCAGUAGUAUCACAGCUACUUCCCACCACAAAGACAUAGGAAUAUUAUCUUUAGUCCAGUACUCACUUCAGUUUAACUGCUUUGCUAUUAAUUUUGCAAGUGAGCCAGUGAAGCAGGUUAAAAACCCAUCACAGAUUUAAUUUGCAAGACAGAAGGGAAUGGGAGUGCAGAUCUCUCAGCGUGGCAGAGACUUCCAGUCCUGCAGUCCUUCCUAGCAGAAUACCUGGUGAAGCUGAGAUUGCACCUGCUUUGGCACCUCUGCUCUUGCCCUGCCACCUCCUCACUGCUGCUGAAAUCUGCAUGGGUCAAGAGCCUCUCAGUCUGGUCUCUCCAUAUUCCUGCUCCUCCCAAAAAGAGAGCAUUAUUUUUGUACUGAAAUCAACAUACACGGACUUUAAAAGCAUCGUUGUACAGAAGCUGCUCUAUUUUCUAAUGAAGUCUUUAAGUUAUACUUUUAAUAAAGUGUUUUUAAACCUG